AUGCGCGGUGGUGUGCAUUUAAAGUCGUCGAAGAAGCUGGCCCCAGGGGUCGAAUCCAUCAAAUGCAAUAUCAAAGCUGGGUUCCCAUCAAACACCUUUCUUGUGGUGGACACCCAUUUGGAUGAAUACACCCGCAUGCUGCAACAUACCGGAGGGCACGCUGGCAGUACUAACACCACGAUUACCGAAAUCUUGCUGGCAUACCUUGGAGAAGACUUCGUUAAAUCAAUGAAAGCAUCCUCCGAGGCUGGAAGGAGUGACGAAACUGUGAAGAAAACGAUGAAUGGGAACGCGCCCCGGUGCAACCUCACUCCCAGAGCUAGAGGAGGAUGGAGGGGCUUGUUUAUGGUGAGCUGCGGCCCUGCUAUUAGGGUUAGCCACUACUUUGAGGCCAUGAAAGGUUUGGUGGACAACGAUUUUGUCGAUUUUGUUCUGGCAUUCGGCGGAUCAGGGACUUUGCCGUCCAUGGUGUCCAAUACAGUCUGCUCCUUCAUUAUGGAUACCAGGGUCUUCAGACGCACUGACAUCUGGUCGGCGGUUUGCGAGUUGAUGGCUUCCUCCAACGAGUUCUUGGACUAUACUACCGCAGUGGUUGUGUUCGCAAGCACAGUCGACAAACAGCGCAUAGUGGAAUGCCAUCAGAUUGGGAAAGACAAUCCCGGAUCAUGUGCUUUGGAUACAAGUUCAAGUCCUGUCCCACCCCAGGUUGUUCACCUCAGAUGCUUAAAAUGCAAUCGGAGGUCUGUGUCUACCAAGACUGAUAUGGACAACAAGCACUUCAAGAGGGUGAACAAGCUAGUCGCGCCUCAACUCUUCUGGCAUCACUUCCCCCGUUCUACAGACCUCCAAAACUACUUUGUUGAGCUCACCAACAAUGAGCAAGCUCAACCGCACCAAAACAAGGGAAAGAAAGGCGGAGAUAAGCAAGGGAAGAGCAAAUGCAGGGCGGAAAUUGUUGCUGACGUCCAGGAUGAUUCAGAGAUGGCGGGUGACCAAUGA